AAACAUGGCAACAUUGAAAUGUUCGCUUGUUUGAGCUUGAAAGAAAAUUGCAAGUGAAUUGUAAUGAAGUGUUCUUAGAUUUUGAAUUUUAAUUAUAAAACAAAAGAGCAUUAGCAGUACCGUAUAGUUAAGUUUAUGAAUAGUGAUAGAAAAUAUUUUUCUAGACAUACCUAUAAGGUAAACAUUUGAGUUUUCUGUUAAACUACUUUCAUUUUAUCGUCAAAGUGUCGCACGCACAAAUUUUAUCAAAAUGACUUCUGCUCUUUAUUUGGAGCAUUAUUUGGACAGUCUACAGCACUUGCCGAUUGAACUGCAAAGAAACUUCAAGUUGAUGAGAGAUUUGGAUGACCGCGCUCACGGGUUAAUGAGAACCAUUGACCUUAUGGCCGAUGAGUUGCUUCCAAGUAUUCCAAAAAUGGAUGAAGAAACAAAAAAAGAAAAGGUGAACACUAUUCAAGGAUUAUUCAAUAAAGCUAAAGAGUAUGGAGACGAUAAAGUGCAACUUGCAAUUCAGACCUACGAAUUAGUAGACAAGCAUAUACGUAGACUUGAUUCUGACCUCGCGCGUUUUGAGUCUGAAAUACAAGAGAAAGUAAUGAGUGCUCGUGCAGCUCAACAGGCUGCUGCAGAUCAGGAAACAAAUCCGGCCACAGCUAAAAAAGGUAGGAAAAAGCAUAAAGGUACUGAGAAAGCAGCUGCUACGACUGGUAAAAAGAAGCGUGCCGGGGCCUCCAGUGAAGAAGACGCUGUCGCAUCCGGAAGGUCAGCUGCGAAGAAGAAAGUUCAGCGUAAAGGUACCACCACCACAACAAAUGUUACAAAAGAACAGGAAGAGACUGCCGAUUUGGAUUCAGUGGCCGGCAUGGCACACCCCAGUGAUGUGCUAGACAUGCCGGUGGAUCCUAAUGAACCAACAUACUGUCUGUGUCAUCAAGUUUCAUAUGGUGAAAUGAUUGGUUGUGAUAACCCAGAUUGCCCAAUUGAGUGGUUCCAUUUUGCUUGUGUUGAUCUGAAAAUUAAACCUAAGGGUAAAUGGUACUGCCCUAAGUGCACUCAGGAUAGAAAAAAGAAAUGAUCCACAGCUAAACCACCUUUGAAACCCACAGAUAAGACUGUUACUCUAAAGAAAGAGGUGAAGUGACUUCCUAUAAAAAUUAAAAUAUAAUAAUAAUAUAUAACUCCCAACCAUAUAAGGAAUUGUGAUUUUAUUAUUAUUAUAGUUAUUGUAGUCUAAUGAGUCCAUACUGUUGUGUAAGUCAUAUGACAUUAAAUAAAUCUUACUGCAUUCAUAAAGUGAUACGUCAUUAACACCUUACCAGUGACAUUUUAAUCACUUGAAACCAAAAGGUAGAUCUUUUAAAAACAAUAGAUUUGUUUUGUUAUGUGUGAUAGUAGGACUCAUGACUGUACUACUUGAAGCUGUAGUGCCAAUAAAUUAAAUAUAGAUUAUUGCAGAAUCUGAAAUAUUACAUUAAUAUUGCAUAAUAUAUUCUCAAAUUAUAAAGGCAUUAAAUACAUCUUAAAAUGCAUCAUUAAUACAUUGUUUACUGAAAACAAUUUCUAUUAUUUUAUAGAAAUGAAAACAUGACAAUAAAUUAACACCAUUUUACAAUUUAUACAGCUAUCAAGUAAUUGUUGAAAUAAUUUGUUAAACACAAAUAAACAAAUGUACAUAUAUUUCAUUGAAUUUAUUUUCAAAAUAUUGUAUAAAUUUGGAUUUAAGUACCUACGUGGUGUCUUAAAUAAAAUUAAAAAAUUAUAAUUGAAUGCAAAAUUUAUAGUAUUUACCUAUAUAUGUAUGUCAUCUGAAAGCUAUCUAAUAAACAAGAUCAAUUCCAGUUUGAUACUGAGAUAAUUUGACAGGUGCAAGAAAUAACGUUUUGUAACUCAGUUUUAGCUAAACGUGAUAUACAAUCCAUGCGUUUGUUGAAUUGUAUAAAGGGCUUUUUAAAAAACAGAUUAGAUUUUGACAAAACAUAAAGCCCCAUUACAGAAUUAAAUAUUUUCAGCUGUAAUAAUUAAGUUCUGAAAGUAAAGUUUCAUGUUCUUAAAGCUUUUGAAUAUGAAAGAUUGGUGUGCAGUUGCAUAUUAAGUUAUAUGUAUUGCUAGUAUUGAUCAUGGCUAAGCACAAUUGUAUUAAGAUUAUUUUAGUUUAAUAAGAUUAAAAACCAAAUAAUUGUGUUAGCUAUAUCACAUUAUUGAAAUGGAGAAAAGGAGAUAAGGAUUUUAUUAAAAUCAAUUUGAGCUUUUACAAUUUUUCAUCUCUUUUGACUUCUUUCUGCCCUAAUAUGAUUUAUAAAAUAAUCUUUUGUGAAAAUGCAUCGGAAAUUAGUUUUGUAAAAGAGACAAAUUUAUAUUUCAAAAUUGGUUAAAGUAUGCACGCAAAUUGGGAACAUUUCAUUACACUCUCGCACGUCCCUCCUAUAUUAAUAGUGCCAGGCAUUUUACGUUCACCCUCAUUACUGUAAUCAUAAAAAAAGGGCUUGGUUCAAAGUCUUUCUUUCAUCAUAGUCUGUUGCUCUUGGCAGAGCGGUCGUGAUCAUGUGGAAUUCUUUCUUUAACCAGAUUGAAAUUAAUUUAUUUUUUAUUUUUCUAACAGUAAAUUUUGAUAUAUGUAGAUAGUGAAAUUAAAUAUUGAAACAAGUUAUGGCAGUCAAUUGAAGCAAAUUUAUACUGAAUAUAAUGUAAUAAGUACAUAUUGUAAUUAGAAUUUUUUGAACUGUACAUUGUAGUAGAUUUUGUAUGUAUUAGCUAGAAAUGUAGAGUUUUUUAAAUAUUAAAUGUUUGUUAUUAUAUGCUUCCAGUUUCGUUGUUUUAAAUCGUUCAGUAGAAUUUUUGAUUGUAUUUCAUUAUUUAAAUGUGCUCAAUUUGUUUUAUCACUUGUUUUUAAUCAAAUAGCUAACUCAAUAAGUUGAAUGUAGACAUUCAGUAAAUGUAGUACCAAUAAAUGAUUUUGAAAAGAUUGUAAAAUAUAAUCAAAUAAUUUACAUGAUUAAAUUUUAUUUUAAAAUAA